AUGAUAACCGCGAGCUUCGUAGGAGCCGAAGCAUCAGCCACCUGGUUCUCACUCCUGGGAUCCGUGCUCUCUGCGGGGGGUGGUGGUGACGGCGGCGAAGAUGCCGCUUCUCCCCGUACCCCUUCUAAUGUCGUUGGCGAUGAAGAUGGUGAGUUCCACUGCAGUGGCAGCACACUUUCUGUGAUGGAUCGAAGGCAUGCGGCAAUGUUUAUGAAGAAAGAGGAGAGACUGCCGCUAUCGCUGCUAGAGCUACUGCGCCACAUUCCAGCGAACAGCACCUCUGUGUACCGCAUGCGCACCUCCACCUCCCGCAGCUCCGACAGAUCCACCGCGUCGAGGGCAAUGGCGCGGAGGGUGGCCUGCACGUCCGGAGUCACCUCGCCUCCCGCCACAUUCUCAUAA